AAUGCUUUCAUUAUCUCUACUGUGUGUUUAUGAAUUAUUUUUGGAUUUGUGCUAAAAUAAACAUUUUCAAAACAUUUAUUCAACAAUAGCCCAUUCCUCUCAUAGUGCCUCUUUGUUAUCCCCAUUAGCCAUUAGCGCAUCUUUGUUGUCUACAUAGUGCCUCUUUACUACAAGGGUGACUAAAAGUUCUGAAUUAUUUUUUUGCAUACAUGUAACGUGUUACGUUGUGAUUGACAGAAAAAUAAGGCAAGUAUUUUCGUUCUCUAUUUCAUCUACUCCUACAACUUUCGAAUUGAUUAUUUUCAGUGUGUUGUUUUCUAUUUGUCUGCAGACAGUCAAUUUUGCGUCUUGUUUUUGGUUGGGUUGGUUCUUUUCCUGCAAAUUCUCUGGCUUUGUGAUUGUUUUGGUGGUCUGCUGAGCUUAUUGUCCACAGUUGACAUUUCCUUUUCGUUGAUCUGUAGUUUGUUUUCUUUAUUCUCUUUUGCUUAAUACAUUUUCAAUUACCAAAAGAAAAAUUAAAGCUAGCACUAUACCGUCUUCUUUCUAUGUUUCUACUGAGUGUGUUCAAAGCCAGAUUUUGAGGAACCGUCUUUUCCAAUGGCCUUGAGCACCCAAAGAGCCUCUGCAUCUCUUUCGGCUGAAUCGGCUCCUCCUCAAUGGAAACAUGAUGUUUUUCAGAGUUUCAGGGGAGCAGACACUCGCAGGGUUUUUAUGUCUCAUUUAGACCACGAACUGCGGUACCGGCAAACAAUAAAAACUUUCAAGGACGACCGAGACCUUGAAAUAGGAGCAACUAUAUCUCCGGAGCUGUUGACCGCAAUCGAAGAAUCACAUCUUGCCAUCAUUGUUCUCUCCCCAAAUUACGCUUCUUCCCCUUGGUGCUUGGAUGAACUCUCAAAGAUUCUUGAAUGCAUGGAAGACACCAAUAGAAUUCUGCCAAUCUUUUAUGACGUGGAUCCUUCCGAUGUACGAAACCAAAAGGGGAGAUUUGCGGAAGCCUUCACUAAGCAUGAAGAAAGGUUUAGUGAAGAAGCAGAGAAGGUGAAGCGGUGGAGAGCUGCUUUAAGAAAAGUUGCCAAUCUCUCUGGCUUAGAUUCAAAGAAUUAUAAGUGGGAAGCAGAGCUUAUCAAAGACACUGUCAAACGUGUGUGGAAGAAAGUGAAUCCUACAUUGACGUUGUUAGAUUCCCAAGAGAGAUUGGUUGGAAUUGAUUUUGCACUUGAUCAACUCCGCUUGCAAUUAGAUCUCGAGGCAAAUGAGGUUCGCUUUAUAGGGAUAUGGGGAAUGGGCGGGAUAGGCAAAACAACCCUUGCUAACCUUGUGUUUCAAAAAAUUUCCCAUCAUUUUGAACUUAAAUGUUUUCUAUCGAAUGUGAGAAAGAGGGAGGUUUCUGAUCUACAAAGACAACUUCUUUCCCAAAUCUUGGACCAAAGUAUUAAUCAUGUUUGUGAUGAAAGGGAGGGAACCGUUUUCAUUAAUAAAGUCUUAAGGAAUAAAAAGGUUCUUCUCGUACUUGAUGAUGUGGAUCAAUUACACCAACUAGAAGUACUGGCUAGAGAUAAAAUUUUGUUUGGUGUGGGGAGUAGAAUUAUCAUCACAACUAGAGAUAAACGUCUACUUGUUCAGCAUGGUACAACAAUCCAUAAGAUCGAGGUCUUAAAGAAUAAUGAAGCUCUUGAGCUCUUUAGUCGACAUGCCUUUAAGAAAGAUCAGCCUGAGGAAGGUUUUCAGGAACUGUCUCAGCAUUUCCUAUAUUAUGCCAACGGCCUUCCAUUAGCUCUUAAAAUUUUGGGGCGUGCUUUGUAUGGGAGAGAUCAAGACGCGUGGAAGAGUGCGUUGUAUAAUCUAAACAAAAUUCCUGAUUCAGAUAUUUUUGAUUCACUCAAAAUAAGUUAUUAUGGACUAAAAGAGAUGGAGAAGAAAAUUUUUCUGCAUGUUGCGUGUCUCCAUAGAGGGAGGGUUAAAGAGAAAGUAAUUGAAAUACUAGACUGUACCCUUGACAUUUCCAGUCAUAUUGAGAUAGAUAUUCUUAUUGAGAAAUCUCUCUUAACUAUUGACAAACACUUUCAUAGCAACAUUGUUGAGAUGCAUGAUUUGAUACAAGAAAUGGCAUGGACAAUUGUUCGUGAAGAGUCUCCCGAGCCUGGUAAACGGAGUAUUUUAUGCUGUCGCGAGGACAUUUUUCAUGUAUUGAUGAACAAUAUGGGAACGGGAGCAAUUGAAGGCAUAGUCCUAUGUCUGCCCAAAUUAGAAAUAGUGCCCUGGAAUUGUACAGAAGCCUUCAAUGAGAUGCACGGGUUAAGGCUCCUUGACUUUUAUAAUAAUGUGAUGUUUUCUUCAGGCCCUAAAUUUCUUCCAAAUUCCUUAAGAAUUAUCCGUUGGAGUUGGUAUCCUUCCAAAUCGCUCCCAUCAAGUUUUGAACCACAUUUUCUUUCUAAACUAGAAAUGAGGGAUAGCAAACUUGUCCAGCUUUGGGACGGAGCAAAGGAUUUUCCGAAUUUGAAAUAUAUGGAUCUUAGUAACUCUGAUAAAUUGACCAGUAUCCCAGAUUUCACACGCAUUCCAAAUCUUGAGGAAUUGAAUCUGAACGGUUGUAAGAAAUUAGGCGAGGUUCACCCGUCUAUUGCAGUUCACAAAAAGCUAAAGGUUUUAAGUUUUUAUGAAUGUGAAAGUAUUAAGAGUCUCCCAAGUGAGUUGGAAAUGGAUUCUCUUGAAUUCUUUUGUCUUUGGGGCUGCUCAAAAGUGAAAAAGAUACCAGAAUUUGGGGAACAUAUGAAGAACUUGUCAAAGCUUUUUCUAGAUGGGACUGCUAUUGAGGAAAUACCUUCUUCAUCAAUUGAACGUCUGGUUGGCCUUGUUCAUCUAAGUAUAAGUGAUUGCAAAAGUCUCUUUGGUCUACCUAGUGCGAUAUGCAAUUUGAAGUCUCUUGAAGCCCUCUAUGUGAAAGGAUGCUCAAAAGUUGACAAACUCCCAGGGGAGAUGGAGUGUUUAGAGGAGCUUGAUUUAAGUGGAAGUGCUAUGAGAGAGCCGCUUGUUGCUAUGAAAAAUCUCAAAAUUCUAAACCUCAGUGGAUCAGUUGCUUCAAGGGAUCGCAUUUGGUGUGGCCUUGACUGGUUAUUUGGAAUUAGUAAGAGUGUUGACCCUGACCCUUGGGGUUUGGUGUUGUCUUCUCUAAAUCGUUUAGGGUCUUUGACGAAAUUAGAUCUGAGUGAUUGUAAUAUUGGUGAAGGAGCCAUUCCAGAUGAUAUUGGUUGCUUGGCUUCUUUAGAAGAGUUGUAUCUUAGUGGAAACAAUUUCGUUAGCCUUCCCUCAAGCAUUAGAUUCCUUUCUGAGCUUCUGUCUCUUCAAUUGGAGAGGUGCAAAAGGCUUCUGCAAUUGCCAGAUCUUCCGUCAAGUAAAUACUUAUUCGUAAAUGUGAACGACUGUACUUCCUUAAAAAGGUUGUCAGAUCCAUCAAAGUUGAGCGAAGGAGCCAAUGUGUAUGACUUUGUGCUCAGUUGUCUUAAUUGCUUCAGAUUGGUUGAAGAAGAAGGCUGGAUCUGGAUUAAUAGAAUAUUUGCAAUGAUAUUGAAAUUGGCCACAAAGGUAAGGUAUCCUGAUGACCGUAUUGUAUGCCCUGGAAGUGAAAUUCCAGAUUGGUUCGAUAAUCGAAGUGUGGGAGAUUCAAUAAUUGUGGAGCUGCCUCCAUCUCCACAAACAUGUAGUGACUGGGUUGGGAUUUCUUUGUGUGUUGUUUUUGAAGAUUCUGAAUAUUUGGAAGAUCCAGCCUAUUGCUAUUUGCACAUUGAAUAUUUGCAGGUACCGUAUAAUAUUUUUAAAGUUGGGCAUCUUGAGUCACAACACCUUUGGGUUUUCUAUUUGCCUCGCGAUGUUCCCCGGCUCAGGGAUGCCUCAAGCAGUCAUCGGUUUUCAUUCGAAUGGCAUUAUUCAAACAGAUAUCUGAACAAAAGACCUAAAAUAAGCUCAAUUAUAAAGAAAUGUGGGGCUCGUUUGGUGUACCAGAGAGAUUUGGAAGAAUUCAGCCGAAUUCUAAAAAUCCCGAAGCCAACAGCACUACAUGCAUCCGGUGACGAGGAGGCAGGCCUAAUUGGUAGUAGUCGAAGUGGUAGCUCUGAUGACCAUGAUGAACCAUGAAUUGGUUGCUCUAAUGACGACGAUGAACAAGGAAUUGGUAGCUAUGAAAAUGAACCAGGAAGUUAUUGCUCUGAUGACGACGAACCAGUCAGCAAAAGAUUCAACAAAGUCUAAAUAAUUUUGUGCUUGGUUCAAUCAUUCAAUGGGUCUCAAUAUAAUACUUGAAAGACUAAUGAUGUUGGUCAAUUCUCCGAAUUCACCUCAGUAAUUCACCUUUUCUUUUCAGUUUUCUUUGAGCGGUUUGUUUUAGUUGUUUAAAGGUGACCACAUGAUAUGCUACGGUUUUAAAACUGUGUGAAAUGUAUACAAAGUUAUUAAA